AUGCUUGGUCAGUCCAUCACCUUUACGCUCAGCUUCUUCAGCGAGGUAGUGGUCGUCUUGGAGAAACGGAGGGGACUCAAACGUCACAGCUGUCAGCACUGUGACAAAUCCUUCACAAGAUCUGGAUCUUUAAAGGUUCAUCAGAGAGUUCACACUGGAGAGAAACCGUACAGCUGUGACCAGUGUGGGAUAAAUUUCGCUAGAUCAGGUGAACUAAAAAAACACCAACGUGUUCACACUGGAGAGAAACCGUACAGGUGUGUGCAGUGUGGGAAAAGAUUCUCUCAAUCAAGUACCCUUCAAAAACAUCUACGUAUUCACACUGGAGAGAAACCUUACAGCUGUGGGCAGUGUGGAAAAAGUUUCACUACAUCCAGUACCCUUGUAAAACACAGACUUGUUCACUCCGGAGAGAAACCGUACCGGUGUGAACAGUGUGGGAAAGCUUUCACUGCAUCAGGUAACCUAAAACUCCAUCAACAUGUUCACACCGGCAAGAAACCGUACUGUUGUGAACAAUGUGGGAAACGUUUCUCUCAAUUAGGUGGCCUAGAAACACACAGACGUCUUCACACCGGUGAGAAACCGCACUGGUGUGAAACAUGUGGGAAAACCUUUACUAAUCUUAGUAGCCUUAAACACCACCAACGUCAACAUCACGCUGCUUAGUUUUGGGAAAAGAGCCAAGCGAGCUGUUUCCUCCUGCCUCCUACUCAUGCUGUCUCUGUAAUAAGCCUGAAUGUAAACCUCUUCUAGAAAAAUCCAGUGCUGGUUUGAAUGGACCUCUGUGCACUAACUCAGUCCUCAAAGGCUGAUAAGACUGGGGCCAAUCUGGUGGAGCAGCAACUGUUCCAGUAGGGUCUGAGCUGCUUGUAUCUGGCGGCGCUCAUACUGGCUGUGGAUCAAUAGUGUUUGUACUGGCUGACCAGCAUCUACUCUGCUGACAAACUGAAGCAUAGCCU